AUAUCUGGUUCGAUAAUGGCAGCCUCCUGCUUCGCAACUCCCUUAUCUUCUCCAUCAUCAUCCAAUGACAUCCUCAAAUGCAAAACGCUAAUCUCUUCAUCCCCUUACGUAGCAUCCCUCAAAGCUUCUUCCACCUCUUUUCAUCACUCUUCUCUGUCUCGCCACUUUGUAGCUAAACCACUACAAAUCAAGGUUUAUUCUUCUUCAGAAUUAUCAGUUCUUGAUGAAGAGAAACAACAAGAAGAAGAAGAAGUUAAAGUUGAUGGAGAGACAGGUGAAGAAACCGAAGCAGAAGCAGAAGCAGUGGUGAUGAAGAAACAGAGACCUUGCGAGCUAUACGUUUGCAACAUCCCUAGAAGCUAUGACAUUACUCAGCUUCUCGAAAUGUUUCAACCUUUUGGAACUGUCAUCUCCGUCGAGGUAUCUCGAAAUCCACAGACUGGAGAGAGCCGAGGAAGUGGAUAUGUCACAAUGAGUUCUUUAAACUCUGCCAAAAACGCCAUUGCAUCUCUUGAUGAAAAAGAAGUAGGUGGUCGAGAAAUGCGGGUUAAGUACUCUGCUGAGAUGAAUCCAGGAACAAGAAGAAACACAGCAGCCUUGAACUCUACUCCUAAGAAGAUUCUCAUGUACGAAAGCCAGUUCAAGAUUUAUGUCGGAAACCUCCCUUGGUCAACGCAGCCUGAUGAUUUGAGAGACCACUUUAGCAAUUUUGGAACAGUCGUAAGCACGAGAGUGUUACACGACCGUAAGACUGGGAAAAACAGAGUCUUUGCCUUUCUUUCUUUUGCAAACCUUGAAGAACGUGACGCGGCUCUUUCACUCAACGGAACAGAAUAUGAAGGUCGCAGAAUCAUAGUUAGAGAAGGUAUUGAGAGGACCGAGGCUUAAACCAACAGUUUCUGCUUUUGCUGCAAAACAUUUUCUUCGGCAUGUAACCUUUUUACAUCAUUCUCUCUGUCUUUUUUUUUGAAGUUUCUUAGUAACUUCUCCUGACUCUCAUCUGCUUUUACAAAUGAAGUGUAAUCGUCAAAUCUCCUCAAGCGUCUAAGUGCAAUAUUUCCUCAUUCUUGAUGUCCU